ACCAACAGCAGCUUCUAUUACCUGAGAAUGAUCCAUUGGUUUGAAGACACUAGACCAGACUACAAAGUGCAGUCAGCUGUUGCUAGGAGCUUCAUGGAAAGGGUUGAGUUAUAGUUACCACCUUGUUGUUUAUCAAUCCGACUGUGCCCAGCGAGGCUGUGGACCAUCUAACCAUCACCCACAAAACUUGGGCUGCCUGAAGAAGCCUCCGUUACUGUAUAGCUGGAGAGGCCAUACCAGCAGUGUGGUGAGCGUCGAACACUUCAUGUUCGGUUCGGAUUCAUUCCUCCUCAGCAGCUCCUCAGACAGAAGCGCCAGACUGUGGACGCCUGAGGGGAAAUUUGUGGGAACCUUUGGGCAGGAAAAGAGAUGGGACUUGAAAACUCCAUCCACAUUCGCCCACCCCAAGGACCCCUGGAGUGAAAGGAAAGAAAACAGAAAGAAACAAACGCCCACCUGGCAGCCAGCAUAUCCUGAUGGGCUGCUAUUCAGCGCAGGGGAGCUUGUCAGAAAUGGGGACGGAGAGGCAGAAGAAAAGGUAAACCAGGAGAUGAAUGGGCAAAGUACAAUGGAGGAGAAAGAGCAAUUGCAGGAGUGCCAAUUACCAAGAGCAGAUGAUACCCAUCCAUCCAUAUCCCCCAGCCAGGUUUCUUCCGAGGACGCAGAGCAAAGCCAUCUGGCUACUCCCCAACCGUUCACCAGCACCUCAAAUCAAAGAAAACAGGAGUGCCAGAGCCUUUUCAGACACCAUCUAGAAGAUGACCUGGUGAAAAGGAUCACGGGAAGGAAAGCCCGUCGGCGUGUCUUUGGGGCUAUCAACGCUAACAAAUUCAACCGGUUUGGGACACUCUGCUCACCUUUUCAUGCACUAGCAACCGCAGUAAGUGUCCUUCCUGCUGGGUAGUUUUACGUUAAAUAC